AUGAAUUACUUUUUUCUAGGUAAUAUUGCGUACCUACGUGGAGACUACGAUAAAGCUUACGCCAACUAUCGUGAGGCCCUGAACAACGACGCAGGCUGUGUUCAGGCUCUGUACAACAUGGGAUUGGUGUGCCGCCAACAGGGUAAUGUGGAGCAGGCAUUGGAGUGCUUCUAUAAAUUGCACAAUAUUCUGCUAAACAACGUGCAAGUACUUUGUCAGCUGGCAUCUAUUUACGAGUCACUGGAGGAUACAGCCCAGGCCAUUGAGCUCUACAGUCAGGCGAAUUCGUUGGCACCAUCAGAUCCAGCGAUUUUGGCUCGGCUUGCUGCCAUUUAUGAUGCUGAAGGAGACAAGACGCAGGCUUUCCAGAGCAACUACGAUAGCUAUCGCUACUACCCGUCAAAUCUGAAAGUGAUCGAAUGGAUGGGUGCCUAUUAUAUCGAUGCACAGUUUUCCGAAAAAGCUGUGAACUACUUCGAAAAAGCAUCCAUCAUGCAACCAAAUGAAAUCAAAUGGCAAUUGAUGAUGGCCUCAUCGCAUCGACGCGCAGGCAACUAUCAAAAAGCACUGGAACUAUACAAAAAUAUCCAUAAGAAAUUCCCAGCAAAUAUCGAAUCUAAGGAAUACGUGGACAAGUUAGGCAAGGCGGAACGAGUACGUCAGCUAAAGAUGCAACGAGAAUCCGAUAGCAGCCAGGGCAAACGUCACAGUGCUCACUCAGCUCAUAGCCUACCUCCACUUCAAGGGAGUUCAGGUGAACGCCCCACGUCACUGAAUAGUUUGCGAAUGUCGAGUGCCAAGUUCGCCUUCGAGGAUCAGCCAUUCACCGUUGCUCCGAGGGACAUGAAGUCAGCUGACCUGUCCUAUUCCGAUCCAGUAGGAGCUGGAGCAGCUCGGCCGAAGACUGGUCAGCGACAAGCGAAACUGGACGAUUCGUUCGAGGAGCUAGACGACUCAUUAUUACCACAAUAG